AUGGUAAAAAUACUUAAUCGUAUAAAUCAAUAUCCUAUUUGCAAAGAUAAAUAUCAAUCCAUAUAAAGAAAAUUAAUAUUUAUUCAUUUGAUUUAAAAUAUCAAAAGGGAUAUCAAAUUAAAGAAAAUAUCAUUAAAUGAUUUCCUCAAAAAUGCCAUUAAAUUACAUAGUCAUGUAAAAUUUAAUUUUUAAUAUUAUUGUAAUCCAUCUAUAGAAACAUCUGUAAAUAUCUUAUAAAUUGUAAUUUUGCAAAUAUUUCAAAAUAUACUAAGUUAAAACAUUAUUAUUAGAACAUCCUAUACAAAAGAGAAAAAGAUCAGAUGUCAAUUUUUAGGUUAUUUUAGCAUUGAAAAAAUUAGAAAAUUUAAAGACUAUUUGGAAAUACCAUUUUUACUAUUAUUUGAAUCAUAUGAUUUAAAUCAAGAAGGUAUAUAAAUAUUUAUAUAUAAAAUAGCAAUUUAAUUCGUCUUUCCUCAUUCUAUCGAUAUCCCUUUCAAUAAAUUUUGA